AUUCUUGAAAAGCAAAAUUUAUCGAGCGUACAGCAAAGGCUAGACUCGGAGUUUCCAAAGUGGUUUGAAGAACGUGUCAUGUAUACACAUGCACGUGGAGAAUGUACUGAUGAAUUGUUGUCCUUGGCUAGAGGACCUGAUUUUCGAGUCAAUACAUUUGCUGGCUGUAAUGUGAAUGGAUUUAGAUUCCACAUUAAGGCUCGGGAAAGAGAAAGAAAGACACAAAAUAGUGGAGUUAUGGUAAAGGGGGAGCAUGCUGAUAAAGAAACAUACUUCUAUGGUAUAAUUACUGAUAUAGUUGAGGUUGAAUACUCAUUUACUCAAAAUCGAGUAGUUGUGUUUAAAUGUGAUUGGUGGGACUUGAGAAAUAAUUCGGGAAUCAAAGUAGACAAGCAGAGCAAUAUCACUAGCAUCAACAUGUCAAAAACAUGGUACUCAGACCAGCCUUUUAUAUUAGCAUCCCAAGCUGAACAAGUUUUCUAUCUUCAAGAUAUGAAGCUUGGAGGUAAUUGGCAUGUUGUAGAGUUAGUUAGUCCACGCUCAUCUUAUGAUGUUCCUGAGAAGCAUGAAGAUGAUUUGGUUGAUAACGAAGAGGCUUACCAAGAAGAGUAUCAUGAAGAUUUGAUUGGUGUACAAGAAAAUCUUGAGUUGGUCAGUUUGAAGAGAGGAGAUGUGCAAACUGAAGAAAGGAUAGAGGCUGGUGCUAUGUUUUUAUAUAGAAUUGUCAGCUAG